AUGUACAGUUCUCUCCCCCACUCUAACAAAAAUACACACACACUCGUUCCCACUCCUCUCACUGUUCUCUCCCCCUCUCACUCUAACCCUAACUCCGGCGACGUCACCACCACGGCUUGGCCGGUCACCCCACGCCGCCGCCGUCCCUACCCACCUGAAAAAAGACUACUUCUUCCAGAUCUCUCCCCCAUUUUCUACGUUCUCAAACUUUGAUCACUUCAUUUGAAACCAUAUCUCACGCCCGUUUUCUUCUUCCAAUGCUCUCCACCUUCAUUUUCCAUCUUCUAGAAUCAAUUUCAACAUUCAAAGGCGGAGUUUCUUCGUACUCAGCCACCCAACACAAGCUGGCAGAAGAACAAAUGGAGGAAAGGUGGCUUGAGAGUGUUGGUGGUCCCACUAGGUUUGGCACAGCUUACGGAAUGCCACAUCGUGCAUUUCGUCAAUACCGGUCGCCCCUGGAAGGCCUACAUUCUUCCAAUACCGAGUCGUUUGAUAGAGUGAGGGCCAUGGCCAUGGAGCAAAAGAUUUCCGAGCUAUCUAGCCAACUGCAGGCCUCAGAGGAAAGGGAGAGGCGAAAGGAUAUGCAGUUUGACGGUAUGAGGGCCCAAUUAGACGCAUUACUUGCUUCGAGGGGGAUUCCCUCAUGUGCUGAUGAUGCUCGUAACCCCCAUACUCAAUCUAGUGGUGCGGAUGAUGAUAGGACUCACGUGUCAAACACACAAAGGCAUGCUUGAAUGUUAAUGUUGUGGUGAAUUUGUGGAUUGUGUAAGUAUUUUGUGGAUGUUUGCGACGGGUGAAGUAGUCUAGUGUUGUAGACUAACUUAGUGUAGAUUAGUUUAAUGUUUUGUGGGUGUUUGUAAAGGUUGAAGUAGUUUAAUGUCUCUUUUGAAUGUUUCAAUGACGUUUUGAUUCAACUUUGAAGUAGUUUCGAAUUCAAUUUGAUGUAUUGGUGGUUGUAGUAUAUGUGUUU